CUAAGGCAGGCAAAACAGGGUGGCAGUUGAGCAGUAACACCGUAAAGGUAACUUACCUGGUUGUUUAACUAUCAAUAAAAUAAUAAACAUCAUUAAAAAGUAGGCCGAAAGUACAGCUGGAACUAAGUAUGCAAGAGGGUUAAUUCAAUUACGUUUCUUAACUCAGCUAGUGGUGAUAUUUAUCCUUGACUUUUAAAGUCAGAGGAGCUGGGUGAAGAAAUGCAAUAUGGGAGACUUCUUUACGACCGGCCAAGCUUUGGAUCCGGAGACAGCACAGUUUGCUGAAAACCAGAGGGGAGCAGGAAGCACAACAGGUAUUGCCCAGGAUAGAAGUGUUGUCAACCAACCUCAGCUUACAAAUGUUUCUGCCGAAACAAUAAUCAUCAACACAUAUGGCCAGGGUCCUGAUAGGACGGACAACACAAAUUCCAGUUCUCCACAAAACAAAGCAAACAUAAAAAGAUGCCAAGCUGAACUGAAAUCGUACAUUGAAAAUUCAACAAAGAACCUCUAUCAAGGAACAAAGGAUUAUGGAUCAUCUCCUUUAAAAGAGAUCUAUACAGAGCUUUACAUCACAAAAGGUGGCAGUAGGGAGGUCAAUAAUGAACAUGAAGUGAUUCAAUUAGAAUGCAGAAGGAAUUUGUUUGAGGAGAAGAAAAUCCAGCUCAAUGACAUUUUGAAUGCUUUUUCAAAUGAAGACGACCCUCCAAAAAGAGUUCUGACGACGGGAAUCGCUGGCAUUGGAAAAUCUGUCGCUGUGCAGAAAUUCCUUCUAGACUGGGCAUCAGGAGAAGCCAACCAAACCACUCAGUUCAUAUUUCCAUUCACAUUCAGAGACUUGAAUUUGAUAAAAGAUGAGCCUUGGAGUCUUAUGACGUUAAUAGUUAACUAUUUUGAUGAAGUGAAGGACUUCUCAGACUCAGACUACUGCAAUUCAAGUGUUUUGUUUAUCUUCGAUGGCCUAGACGAAAGCAAACUACCUCUUAACUUUGAGAAAAAUGAGAUGUGCCGCAGCGUUAAAAAGAUCACAACCGUGGACGUUCUGCUAACCAACUUAAUCUCAGGGAAACUGCUGCACAAAGCUUCGAUCUGGAUCACCGGGCGACCAGCUGCAGCUGCUAAGAUUCCUCCCGAGUGCAUCGACAGAGUGACCGAGGUACGAGGCUUUAAUGAUGAGCAGAAGCAGCAAUACUUUCAGAGGAAAGUUUCCAACAACGACACAGCUCAGAAGAUCCUCGAUCAUCUGAUGUCAAAGCCAUUAAGAAAUCUGUACAUUAUGUGCCACAUCCCAGUCUUCUGUUGGAUUACAGCCACAGCUCUUGAAUAUCUCCUUAGUGACACAGAUGAGUUGCCCAAGACUGUAACUGAAAUGUACACACACUUCCUGGUCAUUCAGACAAAGCUUAACAACCAGAAGGAUUAUCAGGAAGUUGAAAUAGACAAAGAUGUGAUCAUGAAAUUGGGAAAGCUGGCAUUUGAACAGCUACAGAAGAGCAACAUAAUCUUCUCUAAGAAGGACUUGGAAAGUUGUAAAAUAUCUCUGACACAAGCAGCAGUUUAUUCUGGAGUUUGUACACAGAUCAUAAGAAAAGAAUAUGGGCUUCACAAACAAGAAGUUUACUCUUUCAUACAUUUAAGUGUUCAGGAGUUUCUGGCAGCUCUGUAUGUACUAGAGACCUUCUUAAAUUGUGGGGGAAAUCUGCUUUCCAGUCAGACACGUGUAAAGGUGGCAUCAGAGACAGGAUACGUUUUUCUCCUCCUCCUCCACAUGCAAGCUGUGAAUACUGCUUUGACCAAAAAUGGACUAUGGGACUUGUUCCUGCGCUUCCUUCUCGGUCUGUCUCAGGAUUCAAAUCAGAAGCUUCUUCAGAAAGUAUUUGGAUUCAAAGAAAGACAUCCACAGAGCAACAAGGAGACAAUCAAUUUCAUUCAUGAGAAAAUCAGGAGACUGUCGAACACCGACAAAACAAUUAAUCUGUUCCAAUGUUUAAAUGAGCUGGGAGACCAGUCUCUGUUAGAGCAAGUCCAAAAGUACCUGAGAUCAGGAGAUGUUGGUAAAAUAUUACCUUCACAUUGGUCUGCCCUGGCCUUUCUUCUGCUCGUCUCCAACGAAGACGUGGAUGUCUUUGACCUAAAGAAAUACAACAGAUCAGAGGAAGUUCUGGAGAGGCUGCUGCCAGUCCUAAAAGCAUCAAGGGUAGCUUUGCUAAGUGACUGUAACCUCACUCACCGAUGUUGCAAGUACAUUUCAGAAGUUCUCAGCUCGAAGUUUUCUGGUCUAGAGGAGUUAGACCUUAGCAUAAAUGGUCUGCAUUACUCAGGAGUGAGGCUGCUCUCUGACGGACUAAGAAGUCCCAACUGCAAACUCAAGAUUCUCAGACUGGCUAGCUGUGAGUUUACUGAGAGAGGCUGUGCUGCACUGGCUUCCAGUCUGAAGUCAAACCCCGCCCACCUGAGAGUCCUGGAUCUGGCACACAAUUUCCUCCAAGAUGAUGAUGUGGAAAACCUUUCUGAGUUCUUGGCAGAGCCACUUUGUCAACUGGAGACACUGACUUUGAACCACAGCAGGAUGACGGCAGUCGGCUGUGGGUCUUUGACUAUUGCUCUCAGCGGCUCCUCUGCUAUCAAAGAGCUCAACCUGAGCUUCAACUCCCUGCUGGACGAGGGGGCCAUCCGGAUUUCAGAUUUGCUGAGGAAUCCACAGUGUAGACUGGAGAUACUGAGACUGGCUAGCUGUGAGUUUACUGAGAGAGGCUGUGCUGCACUGGCGUCCAGUCUGAAGUCAAACCCCGCCCACCUGAGAGUCCUGGAUCUGGCACAAAAUAAACUCAGAGAUGGUGAUGUGGAAAACCUUUCUCUGUUCUUGGCAGAGCCACUUUGUCAGCUGGAGACACUGGACCUGAAUUCCUGCACGUUAAAUGUUGCAUGCCUCCGGUCUUUGACCUUGGCCUUCAGCGGCUCCUCUGCUCUCAAAGAGCUCGACCUGAGCGAAAAUCGUCUGAUGGACGAGGGGGCAAUCCUGCUUUCUGAUUGGCUGAGGAAAACCCAGUGUAAACUGAAGAUACUGAGACUAGUUAACUGUCAGAUUACUGAGAGCGGCUGUGCUGCACUGACUUCCAGUCGGAAGUCAAACCCCGCCCACCUGAAAGGCCUGGAUCUGAUACUCCAAUAUCGUAAAGUUGAAAUAAUGUCUGAGCUCUUGGGAUGUCCACAGACCUGAGACUGAAAUGUCAGAUGGCUCAGAGAGAAGACGUGAUUUUCUGGCUUCACUCCAGGAUAAUUUGCUUUGAAGCUGCCGUCUCAUUUACAGGAGAAAACGAGUUACAAACUAAACACACCAACUGUGACAAAGUGAUUUAUUGGUGAUAUAUGAACUGGACCAGAACUUAAAUACAACAACAGCAAAUGUUCUUCCUUUGGUCUGGACCAAAUGAACUGAAACACAGGUGUGAAUACUUCAGUUACUUCAGUGUUAUGGAUUUGCUGGCAUCUCUUCAUGAAUACCCUGCAAUGUACGAGAUGUAGAGUGCUAAUCAGUGGUAUCUUUUAGGAUCUUCGCCUCACUUAAACGCUGUCCUUAUCAUAACACUGUUUAGCGUAUCAGGGAACAAUUGUGGGCAUCAUGUAACAUAUAAACAAGACAUCUCUAAAAGAGCAUCUGCUCUCUUUGAAGGUUUCAUUGUAGAAAAAGCCCUUACAUUUACAAGUGUUAAGUAUGGUUGCCUAAAGAGUGCUUUUACAUGUAAUGAACUGUUAUAUUUUUUGUUGUGGUAAUCCUAGAAACUUUUAUUACAAGUGAUCUGUAUAUAUGUUUUUCUUUAUUGUUUUAUGUCUUAUAUAUAUAUAUAUAUAUAUAUAUAUAUAUAUUUAUGUUGUAUUCUUUGACUUGGAACUUAAAGGUCCCAUGUCAUGGCCAUUUCUACUG